AUGCGCAGAGGGCGCGCCGCCCGUAUUAGUGGGGCGGGGGUCCCGGGCUGGGCAUGCGCAGAGGGCGCGCCACCUGCGGUCCCGGCUCAGGGGCUGGGCAUGCGCAGAGGGCGCACCGCCUGCGGGAGGGGCUCCUGGACUGAGCUUGCGCACAAGAAUCAGUCUGGGGGCGGCAAAGAGAGACGGGAGGUGCUGGCGGCCUGGAGCAGCAUCCGGGAGAGCGCCCUCUACGUGCAAGAACUUCCCGAAUGGAGGAGACGCACCCUCGGCCCCCCACCACCAGCCUCCUGGCCAUCCUGGCAGAGGGUCUUGCCUCCUGAGGGCCACAGCUGCCCACGUCUCCCCCUUUCUGCUCCUGCCUUCCUGUCCAAGAUCGGCCCCACACUUGCCCCCUCCGAGGACUCUCCCAGAAGCCAGGCUGAUCUUUUCGAUCAGAUCACACCCACCUGGCUCAGUCCUUUCAAGACCGACAUCCCCAAGGAGCAAGUGGAGGCCAGGGAGGUGAAGGGCCUCAUUCGGGCCCCACGUGAGGAGGUGCUGCUGACCCCAUCUCUGCUGCCGCACGUCCUGGGGCAGGGGCCUGGGCUGACGGGCAGCUGGCCUCCUGGACUGCUUGCAUGUUCCCUGAGAGCCCCAGCCGUCUUGUGGGGGUUAACCCUGACGCACCCCCAGACCCGGGUGCCGUGGGCGCUCCUCAGGAGCCCCGGGAGGGAGCUGGUGCUGGCCCUCCCUGCCUCUGAGGUCCUCGCCUCUUAA